UUUAGCUUUAUAAAAUCACAUUUUGACACUAACCUUUCUCCCCCUUCCUCUUCCUCUUCUUCCUUUUCCACUAGAAACCACACCACUCUGUUCCUCUUCCUCACUGCCCCUCUUCCUCUUCUUCCAUUCAUGAACUUCCACUAGAUUUUUCCUUUCAAGGCACAGCUUAAAGUCACAAUCUUUCCAACUUUUGGAAGAAAAAAGAGGGCUUUUGGUUUCAAACAUUUCUGGUUUCUGCUCCAAAAUCAAAGAUGAUAGCUAGCUCCUUCUGCAAUGCUGAUUCAGUGUUUUCAAGAGAAGAGGGGAUAGAUGUUAGAAAAAUGAUCGGACAUAAAAGGAGUCCAUGCUCUGUUGAUCAGAGCAGUUAUACCUCUAUUGCAUCUAAAAAGCAAAAGGCUGAUUUAUCUAUGAGUUCUAAGGAUAGGAAGGAAAAGGUUGGAGAACGAAUUGUUGCUCUUCAGCAGCUCGUUUCCCCAUAUGGAAAGACAGAUACAUCUUCUGUUCUUAAUGAGGCGAUGGAAUACAUAGGAUUCCUUCAUAAACAAGUUAAGCUGCUCAGUGCUCCUUACCUGGAGAGUUCACCAGCAACCAUGAUGGAGGGCAUAGAGCCAUGCAGCCUGAGGAAUAGAGGAUUAUGUCUUGUUCCAGUCUCAAUUACUAUGGGAGUUGCUGAGAGCAAUGGUGCAGAUAUCUGGGCUCCAAUCAAGACCACUUCACCAAAAUCUGAGAAGGAUAUUGUCUCACAAUUUCAUUGACAAAUUUUGUCCAAGUUGCGAAGCUAAUCUUGUAGCUUGGAAAUUUAUCAAAUUAUGUUCUUACAUCUAUGGAAUCUAUCAUCUAUCAUAGUUGCUAAAAUAGUUAGAAGUGUUAAGAAUUCAAUCUAGUAGCAACCCCACGCCUCUAAAAUUUUAAACUGGUGAUGGCGGUAAGCUAUCAAGUUGCCAUAUAUAUCCUUAAUUCUCUGUGCUGAUUAUAAAGUGUAUAUUUAUAAUUUCUAGCUGUACAAUGAUUCCAUGUACUGACUAGCUUAAUGGAAGUUGUUUCAAGAUUUGAUGAA